AUGGACGCGAGCGAGCGCCGAGGCGGCAGCGCGGAGCACGGCGCGGCUCGGGCCGCGGCCGCCUGGGCUGGGGCCGGGCGGGAGGCGGCGGCGCCCGGGGGAGCUGCGGGCGCUCGGUGCGCGGCGUGCGCGGGAAGCGGCCCCUGCGGGACGGGGAACUCCGGGCCCGGCGGGACCGAGCUGCGCAGCCCUGAGUCCGGCGGCGGCUCGGCCGCCGAAAAAGCCAACAGUGAACAGCUGAAUUGGAGCCAGUCCCACAAAGAUAUGAUGAUGAUGAUCCAAGAAAUGAAAAGGUGUUUGCCCGAAGAGAAAAGGAGUUCUAACAAGCCCAGUACCAUCAGUGCUCUCAACUAUGCCUUGCAGUGUGUCCAGCAGGUUCAAGCAAACAAUGACUUUUUCCAGGCUCUGAAUGACCGAAGAGCUUUUCAGACAGAUGUGGUGACAUACAGCAUAGAAGAGUUGGUGGCAGUUGCAUCUGAGCACACUCCAAAAAACACUGACACAUUUGUGGCUGUAUUUUCUUUGCUGUCUGGACGCAUAGUGCAUAUUUCUGAGCAGGCAGCAUCUAUUCUGAACUGUAAGAAGAAAGUGUUGGACUCUUCCCGGUUUGUGGAGUUGCUUGUCCCUCAGGAUGUGAGUGUGUUCUACACGCACACUGAUCAGUCUCACCUGCCCCUUUGGAACAUGGAAAGUCAAACAGCUUCUCCAUACGAGUAUGCCCAGGUGAAAUCCUUUUUCUGUAGGAUCAGGGGUGGGAAAGAUCAAGAACAAGAAGCACGUUGUUACCCUUUCCGAAUCACCCCAUACUUGGUCCAUGUGUGCACUUCUGUCCAUGUGGAUGCAGAGUCCUGCUGCUUAGCUCUGGCUGAGAAAAUCCACUCUGGAUAUGAAGCUCCUCGAAUUCCUAUGGAUAAAAGAAUAUUCACCACCACACACACCCCUGGAUGUGUUUUUCUGGACAUAGAUGACAGAGCAGUGCCUUUGUUGGGUUACUUACCUCAGGAUUUAAUUGGAACAUCCAUUCUGAUGUACUUGCACCCAGAAGAUCGUCCUCUGAUGAUCACUAUUCACCGGAAAAUACUGAAAUUUGCUGGCCAACCCCCUUUUGAGCAUUUACCUAUUAGAUUUUGUACUCAAAAUGGGGAUUAUGUCAUACUGGACACUAGCUGGUCUAGUUUUGUGAAUCCUUGGAGCAGGAAAAUUGUGUUCAUCAUUGGCCGACACAAAGUCCGGACAAGCCCUCUGAAUGAAGAUGUCUUUGCCCCAAGAAGUAAAGAAACUAGCAGCGUGGAGAAAGAGAUAAGAGAAUUACAAGGACAAAUUUACAAACUGCUUCUGCAGCCAGUUCACAGCAAUGUUUCCAGUGGUUAUGGAAGCCUUGGAAGCAGUGGCUCUUAUGAGCACUACAUCAGCAUAGCAUCUUCAAGUGACUCCAAUGGGAACUGUGCAGAGGAAACACAGGAACCAAUGACAUUGCAACAAGUUUGUGCAGAUGUCAACCGAAUAAAGAACCUGGGGCAGCAGAUGUACAUUGCAUCUAGGAGCAAGCCACAGAAUGCAAAUGAACAGGCUGUGAGCUCAGAAGUUUUGGGAGGGAAGAGGCACACUGCUUCCUGUUUUCUUCAGACACUGAGAGGGGGUAGCACAGAUGAACCAGGCAACACAUUUUAUGAUGAUCCAAAGAAGACUCCACAUGUUCCUUCCUAUCAGCAGAUCAAUUGUGUUGAUAGUAUCAUCAGAUAUCUAGAGAGCUGCAGUAUUCCAGCACUGAAAAGGAAAUGUAAAUCAUCUGCAAAUGCAUCAUCGUCAUCUUCAGAAGAUGACAAACAAGUCCAGCAGAGUCAGCAGGAAGUCAGGGCACUGGAAGAUACUACUAUGCUGUCAGCAGUUGAGUCCCACACGCCAAUAUCUGCUGGUCUGGAAGAGACGCUGAAAGACCAGACAACUUCAGGCAUGGUGGGAGCUCCUCUGGCAGACCUGACCCUGUCCAACAAGGCUCCAAGUGUCAUAUCUGUCACCAGCCAGUGCAGCUACAGCAGCACUAUAGUGCAUGUCCCACACCCUGAAUCAGAAGUGACUACAAUGGAGGAUGCUGCUGUUGGAAGUGAACAAAUUGAGCUGCCUCCUGUGAGUGCUCAGAGUCUUGCGGUGCUGCCUGAGGACUUAAAGCCAGUUGGGCUAACAAAAGAGACCUUGUCAGCCCACACUCAAAAGGAGGAGCAGAACUAUGUUGACAAGUUUCGACAGAGGGUCUUGCUCUCUCCAUUUAGGACUUACCUUCAACAAGGAAGCAGAAGUAACAACAGACAUUCCUGUGCCCAAGGUGAUUUCCCUGCAAAGCAGAUGAGCCCAGCUAGCUGUAAAAAAGGAAAACAUGGAAAAUUCAAGCGCCAGAAACCUCAGAGACAGUGCUCAGAUAGCCACUCUUCUAGUAAAAAUAGAAAUAGUCUUCCAUGUGAGAAGAGAACAAAUCAGAAACAGUUGUUCUCUCCCUCAGAAGUGUCCUGUCUGAGCUCCUCCACUCUGAAUGUCCAUCCUCCUAUGGGAUUUCCUGCCUAUUCAAAUCCAGUGUCUACUUUUCCAGCCUCUUCUGGAGGAGAGCAGCUUGCCCUUCGCUCAUUACAGCCUCAGUCCAUGUCCUCAUCACAGCUAUACUGUGGAACAGAGUCAUACCCAGUCUUUUAUCCCCCAAACAUAGGCACAUUUAUGGCUGUAUUUUUUCAGGGUUUCCCCAUGUAUGCUCAGAUUCCUCAACAUGUCUUUCUCCCUAGCCCUCAGUAUGUUUAUCCCCCCUCUUCAUAUCCAUGCACCACACUACCUCCAGCACCCCCUCCUUGUGCUCCAUCACCAGUAGCACCACACUCUGUGGAUCAGCCCUUUCCAGCCUCUCCUCACUCAUCCGUGGAGGACCAGCAAGAGGGCCAGUGUGACCAGGCCCUACUGCUGAGCAGCUCACGGAGCAGCUCCCCACUUCAGCUGAAUUUGCUUCAAGAAGAGCUGCCAAAACCUAUGGAGCUUUCCAGUAGUGCUGAUGUUAAGCCACAUGCAGAAGAUAAAUGUGAUAAUGAUCCAGAAGAUAACGGUAACAAUGCUGCUCUUGAAUUUCCUGACCGCUCGUUGUACGAGGACUCUCAGUUGGGUUCAGGUUCAGCAGCUUUAGGCGGUGGAUCAGCUUUAUCUGGUUCUUUAGGCUCUAGCUUCAACAAGACUUCUGGUCAUGGCGCAGCAGGUAGUGGGAAAAGCACCAAAUAUUUUCCCAGUAAUUAUUCUUCUGAAGCUUCCAAAGAAGAGAAGAAUCAGGAAGCAGAAGAAAAAGGGACAGCUUAUAAAUCGAAACAUGAGUCAGCCUGGGUGAUGAUGGAUUGCACACCUGAGAGAGUUCUAAUGAAUUACCAAAUGCCAAACAGAGUCAAAGAGGAAGUUCUAAAGCAGGAUCUGGAGAAGCUGGCAGUCAUGCAAAAGCAGCAGCCUUGGUUUACAGAUGGGCAGAAGAAGGAGCUUGCAGAGGUGCACUCAUGGAUCCGGACCCAGACUGUCCCCCUGCAAAUCAGCACUCAGGGCUGUGUUACAUGUGACAGCAGGGAAGCAAGCUGUGAGGCUGCAGUGGCUGAUGAGAGCAUGGAAAACAAGGGAGAGCCACCUCCAGUCCUGCCACGCUGAGGACAUCAGCACCUGUGUCAGUGAACUGAUUGGUGUAAUUCCCACCCUCUUUCCCUCUGGCUUUGCUCCAUACCAGCAGUGAAUCUCCAUGGCCAUCUCUUACCAGUAUGAAAUAUUUCAGUCACACAUGAAACUCAUCUUCCUCCAUUACCCCUCUGCUCCUGGCAUGACUCUGAAGACAAUCUUUCAGUGGGAGGCUGUUUCACUUUCUGACCUCACAGACUUGAACACAGAAUGGGUUAUGUUUGUAACCUUUAACUGCUCAAUGAUGAGCAAAAUACAAAGACUUUUUUCUUUGUUUGGGUGUUUGUUCUUUUGAAGUUGGCAAAUAAGUGUGAAAAGAUGCAGUGUUUAAGAACCUGUGAAUGAUGAACCUACUCAUCAGAGCGUGUUUGCUCUCUAAGGUGGAUGUAUUGAAGCCAAGCUACAGUACUCUUCAUUUUUGUUCACUAUUUAAAGUGGACUAAAGAUCCAAAUAUUCUGAAAUGGUGGUAGCUGGUUUGAGAAUCCAAUAGGCUUUUUAAAGAGCAGCUGAAACCGGACAGGUUAUUCUGCAUCAAAUGCCUUUUGCUAGCUCGUGCCCAUCAAAAAGAAGUCAAUUGAAGUGAAAAGAAGCAAAUUUUUCCCUAUGUUUUUUGUGAUGUGUGUUUUGGAGUCAAGUUGUUCUACAGCUUUUGAUUUUAAAGCUCUCUUUAUCAAGACAGAUAUAUAAAUUAAUUGAGGAUAACUGGUUUGCAAAUACACCAGAGGUCAAAUUACAUACAGCAAUUAAAAAAACCCAACAAACCCAAAAGUAUGAAUCCACAGGCCCUGGUUUUAUAGACAGAACCAUGGAAAAUUUUCUCUAUCAAGGCAAGUAGUUAUCAAUUAAAGUAGUUACAUAAAAUCUUUUAUCUUACGUUGGUAGUGCUUGGGAAGGUGGGUUUGUAUCUUAAUGUUUUCUUUGUUGAGUGGUUAGAGGAGUUGAAUCCAGACAUAAGUAGGAAAUUAGUUAAGCAGUUCAUUUGAUUUGUUUUUGUUGUGGUGAUGCCAAAACCAAAAAUAAUUCAUUUCAUUUCUUCUGCUUUCAAAACUCACAUGGUGUGGAACUAAACUUGAACAUCAGACUACAUAUUUGUUAUUUCUUAGCACUGUUGACAUCCUGUGUAAGAUUUAACCUCUUUCCUUGUAAUGGAGUCUCUGGCUGUUGAAAUCCAUGGAUGAAAAAGGAGUUUGUAGUUCAGAACGUGGUAACCACUUUCAAUAUGUAAAAGGACUUGUUCUCAUUAAUGUCUCAAAGUGCUCUUCAAACAGGACAUGCUUGGCUAAAAACCUGGCAAAUUUUGUCUGAUUUCCCCUCUGUUUAUCAAAGGCUGGAUGUAAUCAGAUUUUCCUUGUGGUGUUAUUAAUCACCUUAGCUUUCUCAGCAGAGUUUUAGAAUGUAACACAUUAUUUACCCUUUUGUUUUGUGUAAUCCUUUUGCUGGUGCGUGAAAUAUUUUCAUUUAUCUAGUUUCAGUUACUGGUAAAACUUCAAGUAAAAUACUGUGAUCUGCAGGUCACUGAAGGAAGACUAUAUUUAUCUAAAGGUUUCUUUACUUGUAAAAGUCAAUCCAGUGACAGUCUUUCUUGUUGAAGUUUAUUUUAAGGAAAGUUAUUUUUACAGAAUUCUGAGUUUUCAAGACUAAUUUGACUCAGGCAGCAUUCUUUUUAUGGGUUUGGGGUUUUUUUCAGUUUUUUUGCCUGCUCUGUCUAUACCUGUUGGUUUUUAUUUAUUCUUUAGCUACAUUUCUUUGUCUUUCAGUUUUUUUCAGCUUGAACUUGUUUUUUUCUUCUGUUGUAAAUCAGCAGAGGUCCACACAUCCUCAAACUUCAAACAACUCUUAAAGUAAGAGUCUUUAGUAGGUGUUUACAUGUAGCAGGUUAUGUAUUCAAGUAGGAGGAUGUGGGCAAUAUCUUCUACCUUUCCUAGUCUUUUUACAGCAUUUUCCAAACAUAACCUGCUUUAUAACCACACUGCCUAAAAUAUUUGCUCUAAAACAUGUUAUCAGAUACUUUGUGUAAAGGCUCUUUCUUGACUGGGAAGCUUCUUAAUUAACUUAUCUUACAAAUUAGACUUAUGCACUAGAAUGUAUUCUGCUUAGCUGUGUUUAAAUUAAAAUGAUGGCUUUAAUGCAUUUCAAAACCUAGUGAAAUAGAUUAAAUUGAAUAUUUCAGGUAAGGACAGCUGUCUCCUUCAAAAUAGUUUGGAAGCUUAAGCCAGAAGGAAAGUUUUGCUAACAAUAGACUCUUCUGUGUAUGUUAUCUUUAUUUUCUGAGUUUGAAAGUGUUCAUUUAUUUCCCAAGUAUGAAAAUGAGCUGAUUUGCAAUGUCUUAGCAGGCAGACGUGUCAUCUCUCAUGUAAAACAGUGAGACUUAGUUCAGGAGAAUGGCAGUAUGUACCUAACACUUGAAUAAUGCUUGUGAUCCGUAGGUCCAUGAACAUGUCCAAAAGAUAAUUUUAUUAUCCCAGCUAUAGAAAAAGAUAGAGAGACACAAAGGUGCAUACCCACAGUUCAUUCUAAAUUCAGGAGUAGAAUUUGGGAGUCUUUACUAGCUGUGUUCUGUGCUGUCUUUGCUACAAGUGAUCAAGAUUCUUUCUGUAGAAAUCUGAUCAUGUUACCCGUGUUUCUUGUUUGGAGAUGUUAACCCUUCUUGUACCCCUUACUGCUGUGAAUUUGUGCCCAGUAGAACCACUGAGCAACAGAAAGCCCAGCCAGUUUUUGAAUUGCUGUGAAUACCAUAGACCCUCUGGCCAUAUACGUAAUGAAAAUUCAUGUGCCUAGGAGUUUGAAUUCCAGGUUUGUAAUCCUGGCUAAAUCUUAGGUGCAGGAUCCCUUCUCUGGGGCUACACACAUCCUGGAUUGUGGUAAAAAAUUAUGGUGUGGGAGAAUAAGAGGAAUGAACAGAUGAAUCAGUGUCCUGUGUGAUUAAACAAUUAUUUGCCCAAGAAUUAAAUGGUCUUGGUUGCAAAAUCGGCAGGUUUUAUCCACUUAGGUUAAAAAAAACCCCCAAACUUUCCCAAGGUACCCUGCUAGAACCACAACUUCAUCUUUCAGUGAAAUGCCUUAUAAAGCCUUUGACCUCGUUUCCUUAAGUUUUCAGGAGCUGGCAGUUUUUUCUUCAGCUUGUAUUAAUCUUUCAGUCCUUGUAGUGUGCUGAAGUAAUCACAGCAAGAUGCAGUUCUGAUCAGAAAGGCCAAUGGAGUGAGUGUUGUAGAUGGAUUUGCACCUGCUGCUGUUUCGUUUCUGUGGCUUUAUUUUGCCUGGAAAAAUGUUGCAGACAGUUUAGAGCUGCUUGGAAAGUCACUUAUUUAGUGGUCAGAGGGAAAACAUGCUGGUACAGCACUGAUGCAGUUACUACCCCCUGUGGGGGUGUCAGCAGUUUGGAAACCCUCGGAGGAUUUCGCUGGCAUUUUUUUGUUGCUGUUGUAUUCAUAAAUGUAGAAUUAUGUUUUUAAAAAAUGAGUUGUUGUGCAGAUAUUUUCAUGGCAUUGCUGUGAACAGAAGGGACCCUCAUGUAUUUUUACAGUGUGGUAAAUACUUGCUGAAUGAGUAAUGUAUUGGUAAGUUUAUCUUCCAGCUGAACUGAGUUUUGAAUCACAAUUGAAUGAAUUUUUACAUCGGUUGGUAGGAGUAUUUUAUUGAAACAAUAUUCAGCUGUGGUUGAAUUUACAGUUGUAAUUUUAACUGUACACUUUAAAGGAGCAUCUGAUUUUAUAAAUAAAACUGAAAAAGUAUG